AUGGUUGGCAGUGGCGACUGUGCUUAUCCUCAAGAGUGCCCAUCUAGAUGGUUCGAGGCAGUCAAUAUCUACUAUAAUGAGCAGUUUGAAAGAUGUAGCGGUGAAAACGAUAUAGCGGUAAUUGAACUCUCUGAAAAUGUUCCCGAAACCGAGGCGACGCCCAUUUGUCUGCCGGAAACAGAACAAGUGGUCGACGAUAAUCUCAAAGCCAUUGGAGCUGGCAACACUGGUCCGAACAAAGAUUAUAUUCCGCAUGAACCUGAUGGACAGCAAUUGGUGGAUGUGAAACUUCGAGAAACACGAGACACCCUCAUAGUAGUGGAAACGCCUCCAACAGUCGGCAUAUGCAAUCGAUGGAGAGUGAUGUCUGGAGGCUUAUCGUGCGAAGAACAUUACAUAAAUUCCCUAAUCGAUUACUACGUCGAAGAUGGUGUGGAGGACAACUUCACUGAUGUGCGUCAAUAUUUGGACUGGAUAUGCGAAAACACAGGCGAGUGGGAUCCGUGGGCACACGUAGCCCAUUUCACAGUUCCAACGUUGCCUCUGACAGGUCAAAGAUGA